AUUGACUGCAGGAAUAGAUAAAACAAACUGGCCAAGGAUUCGUUUUCUCCAGUGACAGCCACAAGCGCUGAGCCUGGGAUGAAUGGGAGCCAUGCAGAUGUGCGGUGCACCACCAUCUCCUAGGCAGCCCAGGAGAAACAUGACCACCUCCUGUCACCUCCCCCUACGUCUGCUGACGUGAGAUCCUUCGUCGAGAGCAGAGCCGCUUCCUCUCACGAUGUCCUCCCACAAACGCAGCUAUCAGUGCUUCAACGCUGUCGGAGGCGAAGGCUCCCACAAGUCGGGCACCCGCCUCCCCAGGAUCCCCCAACAUGGCAUGGUGGCCCACCAUGAACCUCUGGAAGUGUGCUGUCUUUGCUCUGAAUACAGACACGCCCAGGCCCUGGAGGCACUAGAGACGCAGGUUUUACCUUUGUAUCAAACUCACUCGCUGCAUCACCACCACGCACACCGGUGUGGCCUCGGGAGGCCAGCCAGGCCCGAUGAGGCGCAUUCAGGCCGUGGCCGACAUAUUCAUCAUCACAGGUACAAUAAGAGGCUGAUACUGGUGAAGAACAGCGACCCCUCCGUCAGGAAGACCAUCGCGUUGCACCACAGGAGUAUACGCAGCUUCGGGCUUUUCUUAGAGGAAGUUUCUGAGCUCAUGCAGUACCACAUCAGGAAGCUCUACACUCCGGAGGGCCGCAAGAUCGACAAUGUUCAGAGUCUCAUUCAGUGCCCCAGCGUCCUUGUCUGUGUGGGACGUGAGCCUUCUCAUCCUUCCAUCAUGGAGAAUUUUAGGAAAACAUCUGAUGACAAACUUCCGAAAUUGAGUGGGAAGUCAGGCUCCCAUGGCUGCACUGAAGGACACGAGGGACCAACAAAGACAAGUGUCACCAAUUCAAACCUGGAAUCUGACAACAGAUCCAACGGCCACUCUGUGUCGUCUGAAAAGUCGUUACCAAAUGGAACUAAUUCUCCAGACAAUAUGGAUUCCUGCCCCCCCACCGGUGAUGGACUGAGACAUGACGAUAUAGAGAAACAGGUUCGCGUCAAUAAAGACGGGAGUUUGUCUAUGGAAAUGAAAGUGCGCUUCCGACUCCAAAAUGACGAAACACUACAUUGGUCAACACAUGUAAAAAAGAAGCCAGGCAGGGCGUCUGAGCUGCUCCAAGGGCUCAAUAACUCACAUUUUGCACACGUUAGUGAUAGAAGCUAUUCAGAGUCGGAAAACCUCUCUGCUGUUGAGCAAGAUGAGGGUUACAUCACCAGGCGUUACCAGAGACAUGCAGAGGAACCUCAAUGUACUCACUGCUACAGUCACUGUCAGGAUUAUGACAUCUGGAAUAAUAUCCCAGCAGGUCGCUGCAUUCGAACAUCCAGCUCCAGUGCAUCCUCGCAUACGAUGGUCUCUAGAAAGACGGUGGUUGAAAGGCAAACUAUGUCUAGAUCAAGUGAGGACCAUGCAGAGCAAGUGGUGGAAACCCAGACCGUUGAAGCAGCUGAAACUGUAGAGUACUGCACCAUCAGGAGUGGCACUUGCUCACCAAAGUGCAAUGUGCAAUCCUCCACAUUAGACAACUGUGACGAGUGUGCUGACGGUUCCCCAAAUGAUCAGGUCAAAUCCUCAGAGCAAGAAGAUCGAGCAGGAUCUGCCCCUAGUGCUUCUUCACAAAUACUAACAGACCACGAGGAGGCUGAAAACGAUGAGGUUGAUGAUGUCCCACAAAGUGCAUCAAGAGGAUCUUCUCAGAAUAGUAAAGUUGCAAUGGAUGAGACCACUGAGGCUGCAGGGUCAGAUAAAGGCUCACCAACGCAGCAGUUAUCAUCCAAUUCAUCAGUGACCUCUCACAAAUCAGGGAACUCAAAAACCUUACACACUUGUCAUUGCGGAGUAUCAGAGAAUGAUACAAAAGGACAAACCAAGGCCCAGGAUGAGGAAGAAGGUGAGACGCAAAGAGAUCAGUCAAGUGCCAUGUCUGUUAAAUCAAAUAAGUCUGAAGACAAACAGAGUACAGAGUCAGAGGAUGUAGCGGAGAAAAGAUCCACAAGUGCCAUGUCAGUUCAAUCGAAUGCCUCAACAAAGUCCAAAUCUCACGAUGACACAGAAACACGAGCAAGACCUUCGAGUAGCAUUUCCGUAAAAUCCUCUAAGUCUGAAAAAUCACUGCAGUCAGAGGUGGCAGAUGAAGAAUGUAAAUCAGAGGAGGUUGCUGAUGAUGAAAGAGCAUUGAGUUCCAUGUCUUCCAAAUCAAAAGCUUCAAAUGAAUCAAAGAGAUCAGGAGUCUCUCCUGUACCAGAUGAAGAACAUGAGGAGGAGGAAUCUGCUGAAUCAAAAUUAGAAGAAUCUGCAGAGGAGAGCGUUCAGAAUACAGCUGAAGAAAAUGAGAACGAAACUGAACAGAGAGCCCAAAGCGCAAUGUCAGUGAAGUCAAAUGUUUCUGCAAAAUCUAAAACUUCUGAAGCUCCACCUAAAGAUGAUGAUGAAAAUCUUGAGGAAGAAGAGGAAGCUGAAGAGGAUCUUGGAGAUGAAGACAGAGUGCCAAGUGUCAUGUCAGCUAAAUCAAAUACCUCGGCAAGAUCUACACGUUCGAAAGCAUCUGAGCCCAAAGAUGAAGAAACAUCUGAACACUCUGAAAUAGAGGCUCAACAAAAUGCUGAGGAAGAGCAAAAUGCAGAUGGAAGAACACCUAGUGUGUCCUCGAAUAAAGCUGACGAAGAGGAGGAGGAAGCGGACAGCGUGGAGAGAGCUCCAAGUACAAUGUCCGUAAAAUCCAUGAAGUCAAAUGCAUCGGCAAGGUCCCGAAAAUCUAGAACCUCUGAAAGUCUUAAAAAUGCAGAUGAACAAGAAGACGUAAAUUCAGAGGAAAAUGAGCACAGAGCCCAAAGCAGCAUGUCAGAAAGGUCAAAUACAUCUGAAAAAUCCACAGUGUCUGCUCAAAAUGAGGGAAGUGAGAGGGCGCCGAGUGCAACGUCUGCGAGGUCUGUCAAGUCAAAUGUAUCUGCAGCAUCUAGAAAGUCAAAGGGCUGCGAGGACAUGAGUGAAGUAAAUACUGAGGAUGUAGAUGAACCCCCGGUGAGAGCGACUAGUGCAAUGUCAGCUAAGUCUAAUGUAUCUGAAGGAAGACCACAAAGCACAAUGUCAGUCAAGUCAGCAAAAUCAGCGAAGUCAAACAUUUCUGCAAAAUCUUGCAAAUCUAAAUCUUCUAAAGUUCCUGAUAAAGAAAGUGAUCCUGAGGAAGAAAAUGAUGUAGAGCAAAGCGAAGAAAGUGCAUCAAGCUGCAACAAUGAGGCAGAGGAAAGACCAAGCUCCUGUGUUUCAGCUGAGGAAAGUGAUGAUGCUGAGGAGAGAGCAUCCUGUGCCGGUUCAGAAAUAUCAGUCAAGUCAAAAUCGUCUGCAAUGUCAAUCAAGUCAAACGCCUCCAAACAUCAGUCUGAGGAAACAAGAAGAGCAACAAGCGCGAUGUCGGCAAAAUCAACAAAGUCAAAUGUCUCUGCAGCAUCUAAAAAAUCAAAAGCUAGUCAGGCUCUUCCCAAAUGUAAUGGUGAUGUUUGUGAUGAAGGGGAUGCUGCACAUGAAACUACUGAGAGAUCACCAAGCUGCAUGUCAGAUAAAUCAGCCAAGUCAAACAUUUCAGCGAGAUCAAACGGUUCAGGUAGAGAGGAUGAGGAAGAAAGAGUACCUAGUGCCCUGUCAGUGAAAUCAGCAAAGUCAAAUGUGUCGGUCAAAUCUGCCAAAUCAACACGGUCAAAUACUUCUGCCAAAUCCAACAUGUCGAAGCCCAGUGAUGUUUCAGCCGGAGAUAAGGCUGCAGAUGAUGCAGAGCACGGAGAAAGGGCUCCGAGCAAUCUGUCAACUACAUCUGUUAAAUCUGCAAAGUCGAAUGCUUCGGCAAGGUCCAAGAAAUCUAGAGGUUCUGCAGCACCUUCCGAAAACUGUGGCGAGGUCUCCGAAGAAACUGAGGAGGCGGAAGAGAGAGCGACAAGCUCAGUGUCAGUCCGGUCAGCUCAGUCGUGCAUUUCUGCAAGAUCAAGUCGUUCAAAAAGUUCUGCUCGAGGUCCAGCUGAAGAAGAAGAGGAAACUGAAGAAAGAGCAGCAAGCAGCAUGUCAGCCAAAUCAAACCGGUCACAUGUUUCCAGCAAGUCAGCGAAAUCUGCAAAGUCACAUGCGUCCACGAAGUCUAUGAAAUCAACUGCUUCUGGAGCUCAUUCUGCCAUAACUAAUGGCAUGCCUGAUGAUGAAGACGAUGAAGAGGAACCUCAAGACAGAGCAAAGAGUGCAAUGUCAGCCAAAUCCACAAUGUCUAACGAACAGGAUGGCCCAGCUGAAGAGAGAGCUCCAAGCAAUAUUUCUGUUAAAUCAAUGAAAUCAGCAAAGUCUAAUGUUUCUGCGACAUCUAAAAGAUCAACUGUUUCUCAAGUUCCUUUGGAAGAUGGUGUUGACCAAACUGAAGAGGUAACUGUGGAAGGGGACAGUGAGGGGAGGGCAGUUAGCUCAAUGUCAGCCCAGUCGCAUAUUUCUUCUCGAUCAAAUAAGUCUAAAUGUUCUACCGAUGCUCCCGCUAAAGAACAAUCUGAUGAGGAAACUGACAAAGAGCAAACGGAAGAAAGAACAGCAAGCAGCAUGUCAGUCUUAUCAACACAAAGUGCUUUGUCGGUUAAGUCAGCAAAGUCACAUGCUACCUCAAAAUCUGUCAAAUCAAAUGCUUCUGAAGUUCAUUCUGCCCAAACUAAUGGCAGUCCUGAUGAAGAAGAUGGUGAAGAGGAAACUCAAGAAAGAGCACAGAGUGCAAUGUCAGCUAAAUCUGUAAAGUCAAGUGUUUCUAACAAAUCCAACAAGUCCAAAGCACAGGAAGGUCCACCGGAAGAAAAUACAUCUGAUCACGAAGAGCGAGCUCCAACUAAUAUGUCCGUCAGAUCUGCAAAGUCUGCAAAGUCAAAUGUUUCAGGAGUAUCCAAGCAAUCAAAAGCCUCGGACAUUCCCUCUGACAACAAUACAGAUACUCCUGAAGAGGUAAAUGAAGACAAGCCCAAUAAAAGCAGAUCAGUGAGCUCCAUGUCAAUUCAUUCAGUCAAGUCAAAUGUUUCUGCAAGAUCAAGUAGGUCAAAACGCUCAGCUGAUGUUCCAGCUGACAAUUCUACAGUAUCUAUGACAUCGAAUGCUUCUAAAGAUCCUGAUAAAAAUACUCCUGAUGGGAUCAAUGAUGAGGAAAAAGUUCAGAACAGAGCAGAGAGUGUAAUGUCUGCAAAGUCAAUUAUUUCUGUAAAAUUAGAAAACGCUCCUGAUUCUGAUCAAGUCGAGAGAGCUUCAAGCAAUAUGUCAGUCAAAUCGGCAAGGUCCAAUAUUUCUAAUAAAUCGAAGAAAUCAAAAGCUUCCGAAAGCAGCAUGUCAGCGAAAUCAGUUCAGUCACAUUUAUCCGAGAGAUCGAUUAAGUCACACACCUCUUGUGUUACUGUUGAUGACACAGCUACAUCCACUGAGAGAGCCCCUAGCGCUAAAUCAGCAAAGUCAAAUGCUUCAGCAAAAGCAAAAGCCUCUGAAGUUUGUUCUGACAAAAGUUCUGGUCACUCUGAUGAAGUGAGUAGUGAAGACGAUAGUCAAGUGAGACCACAGAGCGCAAUGUCAGAUAUAUCCACACAGUCGGCCAUGUCUGUAAGAUCAAGUUGCUUGUCAUCUAGGUCGGUCAGAUCAAAUAUUACUAUGAAAUCUGUGACUUUCAAAGAAAACAUUGAUAAUGCUGAAAAAAUUGUCAAGCGAGCCAAAAGUGCAAUGUCAGCAAAGUCAAACACUUCGGUGAAACCUGCAAAAGCUUGUCUGGAUUCCACUGACAAUCAUGAGGAAGAAAAUGCCAAAGAAAGUGAGGAGAGGUCGUCCAGCGAAAUGUCAGUCAAAUCAAAUAUAACAGUAUCAUCAAGAAGUGCUGCAUGUGAAGAAGAACAUCGUGCAAAUGAUGAGCAAACUGUGAAAAGACCAGCAAGUACCGUGUCAACUAAAUCAGCCAGAUCUGUGAAAUCAACACGGUCCGAUAUUUCAAGCAAGUCAAAGUCUGGAAACUCGAAAGCGUCUAACGCUCCAGGGGAAGAAAAUCAUGAGGAGAAUAUGGAGCGAGCUCCAAGCAAUAACUCCAUCAAAUCAGCAAAGUCAAAACAGUCCAACAUUUCAGCCACAUCAAAGAAAUCCAAAGCUUCUGAGGUUCCUCCUGAAGAUGGUGCUACCGAAGACGACAGCCCUGAAAAUAAAUCCCCCGAAAUAUCAGCUGAGAAAACUGCGGCUGAUUGCGAAGACACUGACGAGGGAACAGAAAGUUCAAUGUCAAUCAAAUCAUCAAGGUCUGAUCUGUCUAUGAGGUCCAGGAAAUCAAACAUUUCUGAACAGGCAGCCGAAACGCACACCAAAGAGAGGACACCAAGUGUUUUGUCAAUGAAGUCAAACAUUUCUGCAAGAACCAUUAAGUCCAACAUGUCCAACAUGACCUCCAGUGAAAGGACCAGACAAGAUGAAGAGGCUGAGGAAAGAACAAAUACUGCCAUGUCAACUAAAUCAGCAAAAUCUAAUAAUUCUUCAAAGUCAAACAAAUUACUCCCCGCUGAGAGUCCUGAUGUUCCCAAUGAAGAAAAUGUCGAAGAGAAAUCGGAGAGAGCUUCGAGUGCCACGUCAGAGAAGACAGCUUUGUCUGUGAGAUCAAGAAAAUCCAGAGCCUCUGAUGUGACCGCUGAUGAAAAUACUAGUGAAAAGGAGGACAGAACACUCAGCCCUGUGUCUAGAAAAUCGAAUCAAUCCGAAAAGUUAAGCACAUCCAAGUCAAGGGUUUCAGCACGUUCAAAAAUUUCAACAACAUCUGAAGUCAGACAAGAUAAAAGUCGGACCCACAGUUCUUUAUCUGUCAAGUCAAAUCUGUCCAAGAAAUCUCAAAGAUCUGGUGAAGAUGAUGAAAAUAAAGAGGAAGUGGACAUGUCAACAGCUGGUGAUGUUCCUGAAGAGGACGCUGUAAAUCCUGAAAACAAGAGUACAUCUGGUUUUCACGAGGAAGAAAAACAAGACACAAUCGAUAAAAGGAGUCGCCAAUCUAAGAAAAGCAAGUCAAGCAGGGCAGACACAAAAACUCCUAUCGCAUGUCAGAGUGAACACAAAUCCAAUGGAAACAAACAUCCAGAGAAAGAAUCCUUUGGUACCAAGAGUGUCACAGACAACAGAAGUGACAAAAGCAGCAAAGGCAGACCGAAGAACGCAGAUAGCGAUGAGUUUGAUCUGGUGCCAUCUAGCCUUCCAAAUGCAUCCCCGACUCAGGUCGUCAACGAAUGGCUGAAAUCAAUAACUACAGAUGGAGAUAUGUAUGACAUGGAGGAACUAAGUGAGGACUGUGAUGGACAGAAAUGUGUCACAGAGGGAAUCAACGGAAUAGAGGAUAGUGAAAGCAAUAAUCACUCCGUGGCUGAGAAUGCAAACGAUGCAAAUGAAGGGAUGAAAAACGACUGCCAAACAAGCACGGAGGCACCAAAUGCAAAUACGAACUGCACUCAAAGUGAAGAUGCCUCGAAAAUAUUCCACUCUUCUGUACAGGUGAUGAAAGUACUUUUGAGUCCAAAGCUCAACAGAUGUAACAGCUUACCGGAAGUUUCUCCAGUGUACGGACGCAAACUGAGCACUUCAGCCAAAGGUCUUCUGGAUUGCCUUGUGAAGUUACAGUUAAUCGACUACGAUCCAAAGCAUGCAAAUGAAAAGAAUCUACAAUACCAAGAGCUGAUGAAUAUUCUUAAGUCUCUUUGGCUUUGUGAUCCUCCAGAAAGUGAAGAUAUUUCAAAGAAGGAUGACCACCAUUCUGUGGAUGACGAGUUCAAUCAUACGUCUUCCUCUGGCGUGGAUGUCAACAGUGGCUCCACGGGCUCUGGGAAGAGUAGCGACGGUGCGAAUGCAAGGAAAGUACAAGAAGUCGGUGAAGGGGAAGCAGACAAAUGUCCACAAAGUACACCCGAGGGAGACGUAGAGGGAAUAUAUGAGGAAAAACCAAAGGACGACGAUCCAGAAACAGAUGACACAAUUAGAAAUAACGAUAGUCCAAGAGAACUACCUGAAACACCACCCUCCUCAAGCAAGAGUUCGGGAAAUGACAGCAGUGGCCCAAAAGUUCCUGAGGAAGCUGAAACAGAUUGUCGAGAGGACACCAGUUCUGGUAGUCCUCCCCUCACGGAGAGAGCAGAGUUAGCCAAGAGGUUUUCUCAAGACCCUGAUCCUGUUUGGGUUCUGACCUUAUUAAAUAGAAUAGAGAAGCAGUUCAUGAUGCAUUAUAUCAAUGCAAUGAGAGAGUUCAAAGUCCGAUGGAACUUGGAUGAUAAUGCACAGCUUGACAUGAUGAUAAGCGAACUUAGAACAGAGGUCCAAAGAAGAAUCCAAAGCAGUAUAGACAGAGAAUUGAGAAAAAUCCAAGGUCGAGCAGGCCGGCCGAGACCUCCUAAGGAGGCGAGGUCACGUACUUCGACAACACAAGCGGAAGAGAGAAGACGGAGGCUGAAGAUUAUGCUCAAACAAUCGGUUGAUCAGCAAGCAGAAAGAAGCGAUGAUUCAGCAACAGGCACAUCGUACAGUGACCAGCGCAGUGAGAGUGAUGAUCAAUGUCCAUGUGAAACGUGCAUUCAGAAAAAAACAACAUUAAGGCCACCACUUCCUGCAGAAGUCAUGAAUAUCGCACCUGUUCUCAUGGACUUUGAUCUGAAGAGGAUUCUGGGGAUGAAGAACAAUGCUCCUGGCAACAAACAGGCAAUCAACUGUGCGAAUCACUCUGAUUAUGAUACUGACUCAAAGGAAGCACAGACGCUUGUAGAAAAUGUUAUUGCCAAAGCUAUAAGAGAAGUGGAGGGGGAUGAAGCACUCCUUGACGCCAAAGAAGACCUUGCAGUUGCAGAAGAGGAAGAACCUGAUCACGUGUGUCACCAGUCAGGUGAAAAUGUGUCUGAACACCAGUCCGACAAAGAAUCUGCAGAUAUGAACGACGACACAGCCUCAGCCCAUGAAUCAGCAAAAGGAUCAUUAUCUAAAGAUGAGAUUGCUGACAUUAAUGAAGAUGAACUUCAAGAGGAGACUGUGGACGCCACUACAGCUCAAGAUGAAUAUGCAGCAGAGAUCACCGCAGCUGCUACAAGUGAACAUGAGGCUAAAGAUGAGGGGACCAUCGAUGAUGAGGAGAUCCCUGCCAUCACAACACAUGAAUCUGUAGAUGAGAACAAUGACGAAUUCACAAAAGAACCAGACGAAGAGGAAACACUGGAAGACGACAUGGCUGCAGAAAGUGAGAUUCCUGUCGCAGGAGAAGAUGACGGCACUGAUGAGACCACUGGAGAUAAAAUUGCAGUGGAGCAUGCAUCUGACGAAGAUGAGGCUGUGGAAGAAGGGGCACUCGAUGAUGAAGAAGAAGAUCCUGCCACUGAAACUCAGGAAUCUGCAGAUGAGAAAUGUGAGACAGCCACAGCUGAAGAAUUAUCAGAAGUACCAGAUGAAGAGAUAGCAAUGGAAGACGAGAUGGCUGCAGAAAGUAACGCUGCUGUCACGGGUGAAGAUGAUGGCACUGAAGAGACUGCUGAAGAUAAGACUGCAGCAGAGGAGACUUCUGAGCAUGAGGCUGUUGAAGAGGGGAUAGUCGAUGAUGAAGAGGAGAUCCCUGACAACAAAGCCCACGAAUCUGCAGAUGAGAACUGUAUCACGGCCUCAGCUGACGAAUCAUCAAAAGAACCCGACGAAGAGGAAACAAGAGAAGACGAGUUGGCUGCAGAAAGCGAGAUUGCUGUCUCAGGUGAAGAUGAAGGUGCUGAUGAGAAUGCUGAAGAUCCAAUUACGACAGAAGAGACUGCUGAGCAUGCAUCUGACAAAGAUGAGGCAAAGGUGACCUCUGACGAUGAAGAGGAGGUUGCUGCCACCAGUGAAGAUGAACUAAAAGAAGAGGCUGAAGAUGAAAAUGCAGCUGAUGAUGUGGCAUCCGCAAAUGAACAUGAGUCUGAUAAACAGGAGUCCGUGGAAGAGGGGGCGAGUGAUGAUGCAGAAGAUCUUGCGUCCGUAAGUGAACACGGUUCGGCAGAUGAAAACAAUGAAGCAGAAACUGAAGACGUGACUGCCGAAGAAAAUGAAGAGAUUGUUGAAGCCUUUACAACAGAAGAUAAAGAUGCAGCCAAUGUGUCAGAAACAGACGAACAUGAAUCUGACAAAGAAGAGGCUGUGGAGGAAGAGGCAGUUGAAGACUUGGAAGAGACUGCUGCCACUAGUGGUGAUGAUGAUCCUGAGAUGAAUAAGAAUGAAGCCACGGAUGAUGAUCUGCUAAAGGAACCAACUAUAGAAGCAUCAUCAGAAGACGAGCUUGUGGUAGAAAAGGAGAUUGCUGCUACAAGUGAGGAUGAAGUUGAGGAAGAGGCUGCCGAAGCCACCACAGCCGAAGACGAAAAUGCAGGAGAGGAAAAAGAUGAGGAUUUGGAGGAGGAAACAAAAAGUGAUGAAGAAAAGUUUGCUUCCACCAGUGCAGAUGAGUCUGCAGAUGAGAGCAGUGACACAGCUGCUGUUAGUGAUUUAUCAAAAGAACCAACUGAAGAUGCAGAAACCGAAGAUGAGCCGGCUGUGGAAAAAGAAAUCACCAGUGAAGAUGAUUCAAAGGUAGAGACUACUGAAGAUGAAAUUCAAGCAGAAGAAAGUCAUGCAACGGCCACAUGUGAAAAUGAGUCUGACAAAGAAGAAGCUGUGGAACCAGGGAUGGUUGACGAUGGAGAAGAGACUCCUGUCACCAGUGAUGUUGAAGAUUCUGCCGGAGACGCCAACACGAAUGACGAUGAAACCACAGACGAGAAUGAUGCUGCAGGUGACGAAAUUUCAAAGGAAGCAGAUGAAGAGGCAGCAACUGAAGAUGAGUCGGCGACAGAAAAAGAGGCAGAGGUCACAAGUGAAGAUGAAUCAAAGGAAGAGCUCGCAGAGGUCGAAGAUGAAAAUCCUGCAGAAGAGUCUGAUGUGGCUGCAACAUCUGAAGAUGACACCGGCAAAGAUGUGGCCACUGAGGGUGAGAUAGUUGAUGAUGGACAAGAGACUGCUGGCACAAACGACGAAGAUGAAGCUACAGACAAUGAUGAAGCAACAGCUGCCGAAGAUGAAAGUGCUGUUGAAACAGAUAGUGCUGUCAAAAGUGAGGAUGAAGCUGAGGAUAACAGCGCAGAAGAGGAGGCUGAUGUUGCAGCAACAACUGUACACGAAUCUGACAAUGAUGAUGCAGCGGAGGAAGAAGAGAUUCCAGCCACCAGUGGAGAUGAGUCUGACGCUGCUGAAAAAGUAGCAUCUGAAGAUGAGAUAUCUGCAGAACAAGAUGAAAUGGCAGAAGAAGCUGCCGAAACCACCGCAGCUGAAGAGGAAACAGAUGUAGCAGAUACAACUGAGGAAGCAGGGACAACAGAAGAUGUGGAGGAAACUGCUGCCAGCAGUGAAGAGGAUUCUGCAGAGGGCACGGAUGCCCCCACAAAUGAUGACGACACUUCACAGGAAAUUGAAGCUGAAGCUGGCCAAACAACUGAAGAUGCAGGAGAACUUGAAGAAGAGCAGGAUGAUGCAGAAGCUGAUGCUGAAUCUGCAAGAGAGGAAAGCUCCAAAGUUGAAAGUGAAUCAGAGGAAGAGAACGAUGAAUCAGCCACAGACGAUCAUGAAUCGAACAAUGCAACAACGGAUGCAAAUGAUACGGAAGGAGAAAAAGAAAUUAAGGAAGGAACUGCUGUGGCCACUGAAGCUGAAGAGGAAAAUGCAGCAGAUGUGGAAGAUGCAACGGAUCAUGAAUCUGACAGCGAAGAAGCAGGGACAACAGAAGAUGUGGAGGAAACUGCUGCAAGCGGCGAGGAGGAGGAGGAGGAGGAGGAUGAUGAUGAGACUUCACAGGAAAUUGAUAGCACAGCUGAAGCUGGCAAAGACGGAGAAGAACUUGAAGAAGAGCAUGAUGAUGUUGAAGCUGAUGCUGAAUCUACAAGAGAGGAGGAAUCAGAGGAGGAGAACGAUGAAUCGAACAAUGCAACAACAGAUGCAAAUGAUACCGAAGGAGAAAAAGAAAUGAAGGAAGAAGCUGCUGUGGCCACUGAAGCUGAAGAGGAAAAUGCAGCAGAUGAGGCAGAUGCAACUGAUCAUGAAUCUGACAAUGAGGAAGCAGGGACAACAGAACAUGUGGAGGAAACUGCUGCUAGUGGCGAGGAGGAGGAGGAGGAGGAGGAGGAGGAGGAGGAGGAGGAGGAGGAGGAGGAGGAGGAGGAGGAGGACAAGGAUGAUUCCAUAAGCAAUGAUGAGACUUCACAGGAAAUGGAAAACACAGCUGAAGCUGAGAAAGACGGGGAAGAACUUGAAGAAGAGCGUGAUGAUGUUGAAGCUGAUGCUGAAUCUACAAGAGAGGAGGAAUCAGAGGAGGAGAACGAUGAAUCGAACAAUGCAACAACAGAUGCAAAUGAUACCGAAGGAGAAAAAGAUGGUGAAAUGAAAGACGAAGCUGCUGUGGACACUGAAGCUGAAGAGGAAAAUGCAGCAGAUGAGGCAGACGCAACCGAUCAUGAAUCUGACAACGAGGAAGCAGGGACAACAGAAGAUGUGGAGGAAACUGCUGCUAGUGGCGAGGAGGAGGAGGAGGAGGAGAAGGAGGAAGAGGAGGACAAGGCCGAUGAGACUUCACAGGAAAUUGAAAACACAGCUGAAGCUGGCAAAGACGGAGAAGAACUUGUAGAAGAGCAUGAUGAUGAGGAAGCUGAUGAAUCGAACAAUGCAACAACAGAUGCAAAUGAUACCGAAGGAGAAAAAGAUGGUGAAAUGAAAGAAGAAGCUGCUGUGGCCACUGAAGCUGAAGAGGAAAAUGCAGCAGAUGAGGCAGAUGCAACUGAUCAUGAAUGUGACAAUGAAGAAGCAGGGACAACAGAAGAUGUGGAGGAAACUGCUGCUAGCGGCGAGGAGGAGGAGGAGGAUGAUCAUGAAUCAGUAAAUGAUGCAACAACAGAUGCACAAGACACCGAAAGAGAAGAGGAUUCUUCAACAGUUGAUGAAACGGCACGAGAAGACAAGACUGGAGAAGAGGAUGAAGUGGCUUCGGAUGAAAAUGAGAAUUCAAGUGAUGCAGAACAAGUUGAAGAGGCAUCGGCUGAAGAGCCUCAAGAGACGGAAGCAUCUCAAACAAAUGCAGAAAACAGUGUCACCGAAGACAUCGUUAAAGAAGAAGAACAAGGUGAAGAAGAAGAUGAUGAGAAACUAGUAGAAGGUGAGGAGUCUGAAGAGGCUGAAAAUGAAAGGGAGGGAUCGGCUGGAAGUGGAGAGGAGUCUGGAGGUGAAGAUGACACAGAGGCUGCAACAACAGGAAAUGAGACUGAAGAACGAGAAACAGCACAGGAAGACUUGGGAGAAACUGAAGUGGGAAAUGAGAUUGCUGAAGGUGACGCCGGAGAAGAAUCUGGAGCAGACGGUGCCUCUGAGGUUGGAGAAACCGCAGACAACACUGAGGAUGAAUCUGACGGCAGACAUCAAAUUACUGGAGAAGAAGAUGAGGAGGUUAUAGAGAAUAAUCCUGACGAAGUCGAACAAACACAAGAAGAAGGUGACAUUGCUGCAGAGCAUCAAGAAGCUGAUGAUGUAGUGGAGCUGAAGCCAGAUGAGGAUGUGGAGGAAAUAUCAGAGAAGAAUGAAGAAAACGAACCAGCGGAAGAUGUUGACGAAGAUAAUGACGGACAGACAAAUAUAUCACAGUGUGAAAGUGCUAACAUGCCAAAUGGAGAUAAUGAUGAAGACAGCGUCCAUGCCUUCGAAGAAGAGGAGGAGGAAAGUGAGAUACCCAAUCCAGACUGGAGAGCAAACCAGGGAGAGUCAGCCGAUGGAGAAGAUGAGGCUGAGGAAGAUGAGGAGGAAUCAGAGGAAGAAACUGACAGAGAGCAAGAUUUGGGUCCGAGCAAGGCGAAUGAUCGAGAGGCAGCUAACAGUGCUGCUCAGGAAACAACCACUUUUCUCCGACUUGAUACUUUAGGGAAAGUCAAGGCAGAAUCCGAGGAUGGUGCUUACGCUGACGUUGAAGAUUCUGAGACCGAAACCAACAACCGAGACGAAGUCACGAGCUUCAAGUCAAAGAGUUAG